AUGUCGAGAGACGCGCCAAUUAAGGCGGAGAAGGAUUACAGUGAGAUUUUGAAGGAGGAGUUUCCAAAGAUUGAUGCUUUAAUCUCUCAGGGGGAAUGUGAGCAAGCUUUGCUUGAUUUGCUUGCUUGGGAGAAGAAGACGAGGCAGGCUGCUGACCUUGUGUCCUCGAAGGAGGUUUUGGGGAAGAUCGUGGAUGUGCUCGUUGGGCAAGGUAAUUGGGAUGAACUGGAUGAGCAAUUGAUGCUUUUGUCCAAGAAGCACGGACAGUUGAAGUUGUCCAUACAGUUUAUGAUCCAAAAAGUCAUGGAACAGUUGGACUCUUUGAAGGAUUUGUCCGUGAAGGUCAAAGCCAUUGAGACCAUAAGAACCGUCACGGAGAACAAGAUCUUUGUUGAGGUGGAGAGAGCUAGAGUGACUAAGCAAUUGGUCCAGAUAAGAAGGGACGAGGGGAAGCUUGAUGAAGCGUGCAAACUUCUUUGUGAACUACAGGUGGAGACUUAUGGUUCCAUGGCGAUGUAUGAGAAGAUCCAAUUCAUAUUGGAGCAGAUGGAAUUGAGUAUACUAACUGGGGAUUUUGCUCAGGCUACUGUGCUCUCUAGAAAGAUCCUCAAGAAGACUUUCAAUGCUGAAAAAUACGAAGCUUUGAAAUUGGAAUACUACAAUCUGUUGAUCAAAAUUGGCUUGCACAAGAGGGAUUACUUGGAGGUUGCCCAAUACUAUCAAGAGAUUUACCAAACACAGUCUGUUAAGUCAGACGAGGAUAAAUGGAAGGACGCCUUGACCCAUAUUGCAUACUUCUUGGUGUUGUCCCCUUACGGUAACCUACAAAACGAUCUGAUCCACAAGAUUCAACUAGAUAACAACCUGAAGAAAUUGGAGAUCCAGGAAUCGCUCGUGAAAUUGUUCACCACUCAAGAGCUAGUGAGAUGGCCAAUAGUACAAAAAACGUAUGAGCCAGUGCUGAACGAGGACAAAAUUAUAUUUGGUUGUCAGGAACCAGAGGACAGGAAGUACCACUGGGCAGAAUUGCAGAAGAGAGUCAUUGAACAUAACUUGAGGGUCGUGUCCCAGUACUACUCCAGAAUCACACUGACCAGAUUGAACGAACUGCUGGAUUUGCAAGAAUCAGAGACCGAAACUUUCAUCAGUGACUUGGUAAACCAGGGGAUCAUAUACGCCAAGAUUAAUAGACCCAAGAAGAUCGUGAACUUCCAGAAGCCGAAGAAUUCAAGCGAGUCGCUAAACGAGUGGUCCAACAAUGUAGAUGAACUGCUUGAUAACAUAGAGUCUAUUGGCCACUUGAUCACGAAAGAGGAAAUAAUGCAUGGUUUGAAGUCCUAG